AAUCUGUUACUCUAUCUUGGUGUCCUGAUUGCAUCGAUAUGAAGCCUGUGAUCAAAACAAAGGAGCCUAAUACUGAACAGGAGCAUUUAGCAGAGUCUCCUGUUAAAAAAUUCAGAUGCAAGUUGUGCGGCAAGGAGUUCGGUCGCAACACACAUCUGGUGCAUCACGUGCGAAUACACACGGGCGAGGCGCCGUUCAUCUGCGAUCUCUGCGGGAGGAGUUUCCGUUGUGCUGACUGGCUGAAAAUGCACAGUAACGUACACACUAGUGAGAAACGAAAGAACUUGAAGAACUACGUUUGCGGUGAGUGUGGGAAGAAGUUUCCUGGCUCCACCUCGCUCCAGAGUCAUCAGUAUAAACACAGAGGCGAGAGGCCGUUCGCCUGCGCGCACUGCGAUAAGAAGUUCUUCAGUCAGACCAAUCUGAAUCGCCACCACAAGGAUUCUCACUCUGGAAAACGCUUCUGCUGCUCCGUGUGUGGAUGCGGAUUCUCACGCCUCACGACGCUGCAGAAACACUCGCGGAUUCACACGGGAGAGAGGCCGUUCUCCUGUCCAGACUGUGGAAAGACUUUCCCUUAUAAAUACACCUUGAAUAUGCAUCUUAAACUGCACGCAACCAAAAAAAUAAUGUGAUUAACAUUUAUAAUUUAUGAUUUAUUUUGUUUAUUCUUAGCCUAUUUGUUUUUAGCCAUGACCCUCGCAUUGACGAUGCACGUGACUUCACAUUCCUU